UAGCGGUAUUUGUACUACUGCUGGUGCCUGCAGUCUUCCCCUUUGUGCCGGCCUUUCUUUCCUCUAGCCUCCUUACCGAAGAAGAGAGAGAAGUGUUCAGAAGAGAAAAAUGAAGCUCGAAUUUUUGAAAAUCGUUGUUCCUGCUAUUCUUGGGGUUUUCAUCACCAAGCUGUGGGAUCCCAUCGCGGAGUAUGUUGGGUAUCCCUUGGACGUUCCCCGGCGCGUGGAGAAUUUCCAAGAUGCAGUCCAAAGGCUGCUGUCGAUCCAGGCGGACCUCCAUCGUCUGGAUCCACGGCCUUCGUCUGAACAGGGCAAAGGAUGGGUGCAGAGCGUGCAAAACUUGUGCCUCGAGGCGGAAAAGAUCAAGACCGGGUACGCUGGAUGCCGAUGGAGUUACUUCAGCUAUUGCUACUUCGGCAAGCAAGCAGAUAAGGAGCUGAAGAAAGCUACUGAGCUUAUCGACACUGGGAAAGAACUGCUCAACGAGGCACAGGCAAGGCCACACCCCGUCCGUGAUGUCCUGCAAGAUCAGUUGUGGGGGAUGGACUCUUACAAGAAGAAGGUGCGAGAUUUUAUUCAGGAGACAAACACCAAGUCCGGAUUGCUAGGGAUUUGGGGCAUGGCUGGUGUGGGCAAGACUUCCCUUCUCAAGCUUUUCCGUGAUUCAUCUGCCGAGUAUGCUCCCUUGGACUUCGACCACGUCCUGUUUGUUCGGGCUGGCAGGGGAUGCACAGUUGGUGAGGCUCAAAAAGCUAUUGCCGCUAGUAUGCGAUUGCCUGUUGUGCCUGAUGAAACUUCCCAGGAAGGAAUCAUUUACAACCACCUCAAAGAUAAGAACUUCUUAUUGCUGAUAGAUGAUCUAUGGGGUUACCUUGAUCUGAAAGACGUUGGCAUCCCCAUGCCACUUGGAAUAGCGCCAGUCCUCCCUCUCCAGGAGUAUCGGCGUAAAGUUGUGUUCACAACAAUGAGCAAGCAUGUGUGUGGCCAAAUGGGGUGUGCUGAGAAUAGCAUCCGAUUGGAGUGCUUGAACCAAGAUGAUGCGCGGAAGCUCUUCGAGGACAAAGUGGGGAAAGAAAUCAUCAAGGAGCUUGGUAUGCUCCCCAGAGAGCUAGCAGAUGAGUGUGGCGGUUUACCUAGGGCUUUAUGCACCAUCGGACAAGCUAUGUCAACUAAGAAAGAUCCGAAGGAAUGGAGAAGUGCCAUUCAUCUUCUGAAGAAGUCAAAGCUCCUUGAAAUCACUAAUACAGAUGAAGAGUUAUUUGUGCGUCUAAAAUUUGGUUAUGAUAAGAUGACCGAAAAUCAGAAGAAGUGUUUCUUAAUGUGCUCAUUAUGGGCUGAAGAUAAGAACAUUCCAAAGGAGAAGCUUAUCGAGUGGUGGGUGGGACUUGGUUUGUUAGAUCCAUCUGAAUCUGAUCCUGUAAAUGACGGAUACUUCUUCAUCAAUCACUUGGUGGAUGCAUCCAUGUUAAAGAAAGGUGAUAAUGGGCUUGAUUCUACAGAAAAUUCACAUAUCAAGAUGCACAAAAUGAUUCGGAAGAUGGCUUUAUGGAUUGUCAAUGAUCGUGGACACCAGAAUAUAUGGCUUCCACAUUCAGUUGACAGAUUAGCCUUCCCGGAAGAAAAAUGGAGCAAAGUGAAGAGAGCGUGGAUCUCCACCGCAGACACGUCAAGAUGGUCUUCCUCAAUUCGUUGCCCGCAUCUCGUAAUGUUAGUGGCCCGACAACCUUUCUCACUUGAAUCCGCUCCUAAUUUUGAAGAGAUAACCUUUUUAGAUUUGGAAGGAAUAAAUUUAGACAAGUUCCCUUCGGAGAUAUGUGGAUUGGAUAGACUCCAAUAUCUCAACCUUUCUGGAUCAAAAUUUGAUGGAUUGCAUGAGGAUCUAGCAAAGCUUUCAGAUCUCAAGUAUCUACACAUUAGAGGUAUUGGAGCGCUUCAAACAAUACCCAAAGACCUAAUAUCACAAUUGAAAAGGCUUCAACUGUUGGACCUUUUUUGCAGUGGUACCACUUCACAUAAGGUCCAAUAUUUGACAUCCCUUCUAGAGGAAUUGGAGAGUAAAACCAUGAAUCUGCUUUAUUUUGGCAUUACCGUGCAUACAAGAGCAGACAUAGAACAACUAGAAUUGUUGAGUAGAGUGUGUACGCAAGCACUAUGCAUGGACCAAUUCGAAGAUGAGAGACAUCUGAACAAGAUUGACUUAGGAUUGCUGUCUGGUCUGGAAAACAUGCGAGAGUUGGCCAUCACAAAGAGCUCAGUUCAGAUGUUGGUAGGUGAAGGGCACAACGAAUAUGGGCUCCUUCCCAACCUGGGUUUUCUCGAACUGAGAAAUCUAUCUAAGCUAGAGGCAGUGACAUGGAAGAACGCGGGGUUAGACAUUCGGGUACUUGUUAUCAACAGGUGUACCAAGCUAAGACAUGCAACCUGGGUUGGACACCUCCAGAGCCUAGAGGAGCUCACCAUUUCAGACUGCCCUGAAUUAAAACAAGUUAUUAACAAUGCAGAGGCGGCAAAUCAAGCAGGGGUGAUUUUUCGUAAAUUGAGAAAACUUAAGCUGGAACUACUGCCGGAGCUAUUCAAUAUAUCUGAGCAAGAUUUUCCUUUUAAAGAGUUAUCCUAUGUUCGCGUGGCUAAUUGUGAAAAGUUGAAGUUUAUCAAAAUCCAGCGGCGCAUCAACCAGAAAAAGAUCAUAAUAGAUUGUAAUAUUGAUUGGUGGACUAGUUCAGUGGAGAAUCAAGGGAUUGCGACGAGUUCCCUCUUUGAUCCAAAAUUUUGCCUCUAGCAGGACUUUUGAUCUGUCUUGCUCGUGUGGUUUCGGUUACAUGCAGAUGCAGGCCUGGAUGAGGCAGCUCUGUGGGAAAGGUGUGGCCUUGGCAUGCAUGGUGCGCAUUUGCACACUGAGCUGCUAAGACGCUGAUGCCAAAGGCAAUAGUAGGAGGUGAGGAAGCAGGCAGCUGAAAUUGUUGAAGCGGAACUGCAGAAGCACCGGAAGCUACUUCCCGGUAAGCAGUGACCCAGCAGCUGCUCAUGGAUGCUCUUUUGCUUAUAUUCGAAGUUGGUCGUGCUUAUAAAUCCAUCUACUGCUUUGGGUGCCAAAAAGACCUUAUCUCUGAAACGUUGUACUGUAUUUUUUUAAAAAAAAAACUUUGUGAUGAAAGGCCACUGCAUUUUUGCAAUGAGUUGAACCCGACUUUUGUAUGAGACGUACGACGAUGCCAGUUGUAUGCACCGAAAAAUAGUAUCGACUA